AUGGGCAAGGGGCCUCUGGAACGGAAGCUCAAGUUCGAGAGGAAGAACAAAGACCUCCUCAAACUCCCCAAACAUGCCAAGGUUGAGAAACGACCCAUACCACAUGCGCCGGUUGCAUCUCCCUUCGCGGGAGCUUCGGUGCCCAAAGUUGUCUACGUCUCAAGCAGUACACCAUUCAUGAGCGCUGUCAAGCGCGUCCAGAAACUGCUCUUGCAAGCCGAGAAGCGCGCUACUGCCAACAUCAGCCUCGAAGACCCGCGCAAAAGUGAGCAACAGAUACUCGAGGAACUGUCAAAAGUUUCCGACAAGCGGGAAGAAGUCUUCGUCAAGGCAACUGGGCGGGCUAUCGAGAAAGCGUUGAACGUGGGCAAAUGGUUCGAGGAGAAAACCACGCAGUACACAGUGCGCACCAACACAGGAAGUGUGCUUGUGGUGGAUGAUGUUGUUGAAGACGAGGAGAGGAAAGCGAAAGAGCAACAAAAACGACAGCGGCUAGAGGAACAGAGCCAAGCUGGCCAGGGUGAUGAUACGUCCAAGACAGAUUCCCAGCCAGCGAAGGGAAAGCGCCAGAACGAGCCUACAGAGAAUGACGAAGAACUGCCGGAGAGCCGGACACGGUGGAUCAAGAUGGUUGAGGUCGCCGUGACCCUCAAGUGA